AUGAAAUGCGCCAAUGAGUCGGUGACGAUCGAGUUGAAAAAUGGCACCAUUGUUUCCGGCACAAUCACCUCGGUCUCACCUCAGAUGAACACGGCACUACGCGCGGUGAAGAUGACCAUCAAAAACCGACUCAACCCAUUAACACCGGGCGAGACGAUUCAAUUGGACACAAUCAACAUUCGAGGAAGCACAAUCCGAUAUUUCAUCCUACCAGACUCGUUACCGUUGGACACGCUCUUGAUUGAUGAUCAACCCAAGCCCAAGAACAAAGCGAGGAAAGAGCAAGAAGGUGGUGGUACUGGUGGUAGAGGAGGACGAGGAGGACGGGGUGGUGGCAGAGGCCGUGGUGGCCCUGGUGGUAGAGGCCGAGGCCGAGGACGCGGAAGAGGUUUCUAG